AUGUCUGGCCAUCAGCAGCAGCCAGGCUACAAUCCAGCCUAUGGGCAGCAGCAAACAGGUGCCCGGCCUCCCGGCCCUGGUGCCUUCCAGCCGCAGCAGCCCGGUGUCCGCCCAGGUGGCCCGAUGACUGCGCCCAGGCCGGCUGGGUAUGGGCCCCCUGGUGGCGCACCCAACGGGUACCCCGGUGGGCCGCCACCGGCAGCAGCAGGUCCCAAGCCGCCGCAGCCUGCAGGCCCCGGCAUGGGCAUGCCCAGCGGUCCGCCCGCCGGCCCAGCAGCGCCGCAGCCAAUGGGCGCCCCAGGCAUGCGGCCUCCAGGCGCCGCAAUGCCCGGCGCUAUGCCCGGUGCACCGCGGCCCGCAGCAGCGCCGGUGCGGCCCGGCUUUGCUCCGCAGCAGCCGGGCAUGCCCCCGCAGCAGCAGCCGGGCAUGCCCCGGCCCAUGGGGCCCCCGGGUCCCGGCGGCAUGCAGCCGCCGCCCGCCCGCCCCAGCUUUGCACCUGCGCAGCCCGGCGGCCCGCGGCCAGCUAUGGGCAUGCGGCCAGCGAUGCCAGGGCUAGGUGCACCACCGCAACCGGGCAUGGGCAUGGGCCCUCCGCAGCAGCCGGGCAUGGGCAUGGGCCCUCCGCAGCAGCCAGGCAUGGGCAUGGGGAUGGGCAUGGGCUAUGAUCAAAGCAGCAUGCAAGCCACGCUGGACGCAUUCGAGACGCUGUCGCUGGGCCCCUCCGCGCCUACCAUGCCGGGCCAGGCCCCCGACGGCGGCGCCAACCCGGCGGCCUUCCCGAGGCCCGCUGGGCCCACGGCAGAGGCCCACGUGGGCCCUCCAGAGCCCUACUCCCCUGUCAACUGCAAGCCCGAGUUUGUGCGCAUGACCAGCUGCGCGGUGCCCAACUCGCAGGCGCUCAAGUCUCGGUGGCACCUGCCGUACGGCGCGGUGGUGCACCCUAUGGCGCAGGCGGGGGGCGUGGUGCCGGUGGCAAACCCCACGGGAGGCACCAUCAUCCGCUGCAAGCGCUGCCGCACAUACAUCAACCCCUUCAUGUCGUGGAUGGAUGGCGGCAGGCGCUACUCGUGCAACGUGUGCCAGAUGGUGAACGAGGUGCCUGUGGAGUACUUCUGCUCGCUGGACGCCAACGGCCGCCGCCUGGACCACGACGAGCGCCCCGAGCUGUGCGGCGGCAGCGUGGAGUAUGUGGCGCCCGCAGAGUACAUGGUGCGGGCCCCCAUGCCCCCCACCUAUGUGUUUGUCAUCGACGUGUCGUUCGCCGCCGCGGCGUGCGGCAUGCUGGGCGCGGCCUGCUCCACCAUCAAGGCCUCCCUCGACUCCCUGCCCGGGGACGAGCGCACCCAGGUGGCCUUCAUCACUUUCGACAACACGCUGCACUUUUACAACCUGAAGAGCAGCCUGUCGCAGCCCCAGAUGAUGGUGGUGGCGGAGGUGGACGACCCCUUUGUGCCCCUGCCUGACGACCUGCUGGUGAACCUCAGGGACAGCCGCGCCCUGGUGGACGCCCUGCUGGACUCGCUGCCGCAGAGCUACGGCCGCGCCAGCCAGGUGGAGAGCGCCAUGGGCCCCGCCCUGCAGGCCGCCUUCCUGGUCAUGAAUCACAUCGGCGGCAAGCUGCUGCUGUUCCAGGCAGCGGCGCCCAGCGUGGGCAUCGGGCGCAUCAAGGCGCGCGAUAACCCUGCGCUGUACGGCACCGACCGCGAGUACAGCCUGCGCACACCCGACGACCCCUUUUACAAGCGCUUCUCGGCAGAGGCAUCCAGAUUCCAGAUCUGCGUGGACGUGUUUGCCUUUGGCUCCGCCUACAUGGACCUGCCCUCCCUGGGCGCCCUGCCCAAGUACACGGGAGGCCAGCUCUACUACUACCCUGGGUUUGCAGCGGAGCGGGACGGGCCCAAGCUGCAGGCGGAGCUCAGCCGCAACCUGGCGCGCGAGACGGCGUGGGAGGCUGUCAUGCGCAUUCGCUGCUCUAAGGGCCUCCGCAUCUCCGCCUUCUUCGGCCACUUCUUCAUCCGCUCCACAGACCUGCUGGCCCUGCCCGCCUGCGACGUGGACAAGUCAUUCUCGGUUGAGAUUGCGCACGAGGAGACGCUGGUGACGGGGCAGGUGGCCUACCUGCAGGCAGCCCUGCUCUACACCAACUCGUGCGGCGAGCGGCGCAUCCGCGUGCACACGCUGGCGCUGCCGGUGGUGUCAGACCUGAUCGACCUGUACAAGCAGAGCGACGCGGGCGCCACCGCUGCGCUCAUGGGCAAGCUGUCUGUGGAGCGCUCCUACUCGGCCAAGCUGGACGACGUGCGCACCUCCCUGCAGCAGCGGCUGGUGGCCACGCUGCGCGAGUAUCGCAUGCUGCACAUGCGCGGCGCGGGGCCCGGCAUGGGCACCAACCUCUCUCCCAACUCCCUGGUCCUGCCGGAGCGCCUCAAGGGCCUGCCGCUGCUCACGCUAGGCCUGCUGAAGACCGCGGCGCUGCGGGGCGGCGGCCGCGACGUGAACAGCGACGAGCGCGCGGCUGUGGGCCACCAGAUGGUCAGCUGCUCGGUGUACGACCAGCUGCGCCUCAUCUACCCAUCCUGCUACCCGGUCUAUGAGCUGGCAGGGGACUGGGGCAAGGAAAAGUCCACUGGCGAGGUGGUGCUGCCCAGCACCGCGCCUGCCGGCCUCGAAUACUUCAACCCUGCCGGCGCAUACAUUGUCGACAACGGUCGCAUGCUGAUCCUGUGGCUGGGCCAGGCGGUACCGCCCAGCUUCUAUGCCCAGGUGUUCGGGGUGCAGGGGCCGCCGCAGGACACGGCAGGCCUGAACCCGGAGCCGGUGCGGCAGGGCAGCGAGCUGAGCGCGCGCAUCAAUGCUGUGAUGCGGCAGCUGCGGGACCGCAGGGAGCUGUGGCAGGAGUGCUGGACGAUCCGCCAGGGCACGCCCAUGGAGGCGCACCUCAUGCCCUUCCUGGUGGAGGACCGGCAGGCCACCACAGGCAGCAUGGCAUACCUGGACUUCAUGCUCCAGCUGCAAAAGCUCUUGAUGGCCAAGUAG